UAAGUUAUAGAAUAAGUUUUUUUUAUCAUGUACUGUAUUAGGAUUGCCAAUUGAUAUUUGAUCAGUGAAUAAAUAUUGUGAUUUUAAAAUAACAUUUUUUAAAAAGUUCACUAGACAAAAGAAAUCAGAAGUAUAAAGUAAGGUCAGAAGUUUAUUAUCACUGUAAUUUCAAUGGCUUCUACGUCAAGAGAUUCUCAGGAAUCUAUUGCAAAAAAAACCUGGGAAUUGGAAAAUAAUAUUCAAACUGUAAAUACAGUUGAUGAUAUAUUUAAAUAUGAUAAACAACAACAACAAGAUAUACUAACUGCUAAACCUUGGGAAAAAGAUCCACAUUACUUUAAAGAACUAAAAAUAUCAGCAUUAGCACUUCUUAAAAUGGUUAUGCAUGCCCGUUCUGGUGGGAUUCUUGAAAUUAUGGGUCUUUUACUUGGUAAAGUUGAAGGAAAUACUAUGAUUGUUAUGGAUUCAUUUGCUCUUCCUGUUGAAGGGACAGAAACAAGAGUUAACGCUCAAGCACAAGCAUAUGAAUAUAUGACUGCUUACAUUGAAUCCGCUAAAGUUGUUGGACGUCAAGAAAAUGCUAUUGGUUGGUAUCAUAGUCAUCCUGGAUAUGGAUGUUGGUUAUCUGGUAUUGAUGUUUCAACUCAAAUGUUAAAUCAAAAUUUUCAAGAACCAUUUGUUGCAAUAGUAAUUGAUCCAGUAAGAACAAUUUCUGCUGGUAAAGUUUGUUUAGGAGCAUUUAGAACUUAUCCAAAGGGAUAUAAACCUGCUAAUGAGGAACCUUCUGAAUAUCAAACAAUUCCAUUAAAUAAAAUAGAAGAUUUUGGUGUUCAUUGUAAACAAUAUUAUUCCUUAGAAGUAAAUUAUUUUAAAUCAUCACUUGAUCGACGUUUGUUAGAUUCAUUAUGGAAUAAAUAUUGGGUAAACACAUUAAGUUCAUCUAGUUUAAUUACUAAUGCUGAUUAUUUAACUGGACAAAUAAAUGAUCUCUCUGAUAAAUUGGAACAAGCGGAUACUUCUCUUAGUCGAAUAUUUUUUGAACCUGUUGAUCGCUCAAAACCAGAAAAUAAAUUAGUUAAGGCUACAAAAGAUAGUAAUAAAGCAACAAUUGAAAUUUUGUGUGGGUUGAUGUCUCAAACUAUUAAAGAAGCACUUUUUAAUAGUUGUACUCCUAAAAAUAAUCAACAAUAACAUUAAUGAGAAAUAUUUUAUAAAAAUUAAUUAAGUUAAUUCAGUAUCCUUUUAAAUUUUAAAUAUACAACGUUUAUACUGUU